AUGUGCAUCACUACGUCACAGCCCACUCGGAAGCAGUUUGGCCCAUCCACCCUCUUUGCGUUGGCAUUCACCAUCUGCAACAGCUGGACCUCCGUCUCUGGCACACUCCAGCUCGCCCUGUACGAAGGCGGUGUUCCGGCUCUGGUAUACGGCAUCAUAGCAGCAACCCUCAUCUUCAUCUGUAUUGGAGCGUCUCUGGCCGAGUUGGCAUCUGUGUAUCCCACCGCUGGAGGUCAGUACCAUUAUGCGUCAAUCCUCGCACCAGCCGGCUGGGAACGUGGACUGUCCUAUACAGCGGGACUGGUCACGGUAUUCUCGUGGAUCGGUAUUUGCGCUGCAAUUGCAAUGAUACCGUCGCAAUAUAUUACUGCUCUUGCCUCGGUGUACCACCCGACAUACGUGGCUCAACGAUGGCAAGUGUUUUUGAUCUAUGAGGGCUUGGUUUUGAUAGGGCUGCUGGCAGGUGUGCUCCUACUAAAGCGUUUCGCGUGGUUGCAUAUCGUUGGAGUCGUCGAGACUUUCUCGCUUUUCCUAGUCAACUUCAUAUGCUAUCUCGCUCGCUCGAAGCCCAAGGCAAGCAACGAAGUCAUUUGGGUCGACUAUACCGACGUGACUGGCUGGCCGGACGGCAUCAGCUUCCUCGCGGGCAUGUCGAGUCUUUGCUUCAUGUACUGCGGCUUGGACGCUGCUACUCACAUGGCGGAAGAAUGCACAGGGCCAAAGCGCACAGUGCCGAAGAUCAUUAUGGCGACGAUCGCAAUGGGCUUCAUAGCGGGAUUUAGCUAUACCAUGGCAGUCGUGUACGCAAUUCCUGAUCCCGAAGCUUUGAUCAACAGUCAAGGUUACCUUCCCCUCAAUGUGCAGAUCAUGGGCUGGCGCUCGCUCCCCAUGGCCACUGGAAUUACCUGCGCCAUGAUCGUCAUGGCAAUCAGCAUAUUAUCCGCCGCACAAGAGACAGCAUCCAGACUAACAUGGGUCUUUGCACGAGACCACGGCUUCAUCUGCUCCGAGAUACUCAUGACCAUACACCCAACGCUUCAGGUCCCUCUCUAUGCGUCCCUCGCGACUUGGGCAAUCGUAUCCCUCUGUGGUGUUUUAUACGUUAUAUCCGACACAGCGUUCAAUGCCCUCCUGGGCUCGGCAGUCACAUUCCAACAGAUCUCGUACAUGAUACCCAUUGCUCUUCUUCUGUAUCAACGACGGUCGGCGGAACUUCUACCCCCUGAGCGGCCUUUUCGGCUCCCGGGGGUUCUUGGGUGGCUGGUCAACAUCCUCACCGUUGUAUUCACAGUGGUAGUUGCGGUUUUCUCCAAUUUCCCGCUGGCUGUACCUGCUACGUCGGAGUCAAUGAAUUAUGCUUGUGUCGUAGUGGUCAUUGCCUUGGUUAUAGCUCUGGUAAAUUGGUGGUUUCAUGCAAAGAACCAGUACGGCGCUCCAGUACACAAUAUGGCCGCAAUGUUGGCAGACUAG